UCUAGAAGCUGUAGAUUUAUAUGAGUGUUGGGCAAAAAUGAAACUUUUGAAACAUGUAUAACUAUAUAAAAAUACUUAUCUAAAACAUGUCAUUGAUUUUAAUGAGUUUGGUAAUUUUAAUCUUAGCAUUUUUCCUGGAAUUUUGCAUGUAAAGGAAUUGAAAACAAUGGCCAACCGCUAAUCUCUCUCCAUCGUUCUUCAUAUCAUCUCUCUUAUAUCUCCCUAUACAAUUUUCUGGAUGUUUGUACAAGUCCCUCCUUAAUCCCACCAUCUGUAAUUAAGGCCACCAUCUUCUCAGCCCUAGCAACACCACUUCUGCCGUGUCUGAUAAACGUAUUUCUUUCAAGUUACCAUCCUCCACCACAACAAAGAACAAACCCUAAUUAACAACAACCCUUCAUGAUUUUUUUCAUGCCUCGAACCUACAUUUGUGGGGUUCGAGUUGUAUGAAAAAAAUCAAGAAAAACAAAACGUAAUUAUUAAGAGCAGUGGGAUUAAAAAUCUUCAUAUAAUUUAUAGGGCAAAAGAAUUAAUUGAUGGAUUCUCGUCCAUUGGACAUCACGGUGAUCUCCGCCAGUGGCCUGGAUAAUUUUUUAUUAGUCUUCAAGAUGAAAGUUUACGUCGUUGUCUCGUUGAUAAAUGGCAAAUCCGUCAUUGAAAAAAAGACCCAUAUGUCCAACGGCCGGAACCCUAGGUGGAACCACCGGAUUAAGUUCCCCGUCGAGGAGUCAGCCAUCCAGACCAGCACCCUCCUGUUUGUCCUCCGGCAACACCGCAUGCUUGGUGACAAAGACAUUGGCGAGGUGUCCAUCCCUGUCCGUGAACUCCUUGAGACAAACUCCGGUUAUGGAUCCACCGAACAUGAAGUCGACUAUCAGGUUCAGUCCACGAGAGGAAAAUGUAAAGGUACGUUCACCUUUUCACACGAAUUUAGAGAGAAGGUGCUUCCGGUUAGAGCAGACGGUGGUUCUCAUCCAGUACCGGUUCCAGGCACUACAUACAUGGUAAAUCAACAAGGGAUGCCUGCUUAUCCCCAGCAACCAUACUCAACAACUCCUCCAGGAUAUGUAAACUACCCAUGCGGCCCAGCGCCGCCCCAGUAUGGUGGCACGUGGUACCCACCACCGGGCACAACACCACCAGGGACGUAUCCAUAUCCUCCUCCCCCACAGAUGGGAUAUAAUCAACAUUUGCAGCAAGGACCGUAAUCAAUUAAUGGACUAGAUUAGUGGCAGGCAGUGGUGGCGGAGGUUGAUUGAAGGACAUGGAAACUGAAAGAAAUGACGAUUUUAAGGCUUUGAUCAUUCAUUUUUGUUAGUCUGAAACAUGGAUUACUAUGCAUUUUGGAGGUGUUUCUUCUCUAUUUUGUCCAAAUCAAAAGGAUUAGCAUCUAAUGAAGAAGAUCAUCUUACCGAAGACCACAAUGUUAUAGCAGUAUUUGAAAAAAGUCAGUUUUAUCUUGUUUGAAUCGUCCUGAUAUUAUCUCAUGUAAUCAUUCAUGUUUGAUAUGUAUUUUGGUUGAUAUACUAUGAAAAAUGUUAUAUUUUGAUGUA